AUGGCAGGAGACCAGCCGGCGACUCCGACCCGCACCGCCAAACGGGACAGCCACAGAUCCCGAAAAGGCUGCCCUGAAUGCCGGAGUCGCAAGAUCAAAUGCGACGAGCAGAAACCUGAAUGCGGCCAGUGUCUAAAGAGCGGUCGAGCAUGUCGAAUAAUAGACAGCAUAUUCAAGCCGCAUUCUUAUUCAUUCCGGACGACACCGGCGCAGAGACCGCAACUUGUUGAUCGGGUCGGGCCCAGUACACGACUGCCACCCGAAAGUGCGGCACAGAAUGCAGCUGAGGAGACCCAAGAACUCCCGAUACAACCCGUGAAUACAGACUCGCCGAUUACAUCACCGUCCCAAGCGAUACUUGGCAAAAGGAUCUUGAAUGUGUCCCCAAUCACUGCUCACGAUCAAGGUACGGAUUGUGUACUUUCCGGGCAUACCGUGAAUGAGACUGUGGAUCCAAAUUCAGGGCAAGACUCGGCAUCACUGCUGGCAUCUCCCCAUGGCAUCGAGUCAACAGCCAGGCCGUACGCUACUCCUAUAGGCCAACUCGAGGAUAACUAUCAGGACCGCUGUGAGAUCGCUUUCUUCCUGCGGCACUUCUCGGAAGGACCAGGGCAGUGGAUGGACGUGUGCGGAGACCGAUCUUACUUUAGCCAACAGGUGAUACAGCUCUCUCAUUGGAGUCCGCUCAUACGGUAUGCUGCUUGCGCUCUCGGGGCAAAGCAACUCGGCCAGACGAGACACCCUGAAGCUCAGAUCCGGCACACAAAUACCCAAACUCUCAUGCUCAAAGCUCUCAUCGACACCAAGGUUGGGUUCACCUGGUAUGGGGCCAAGUACUACGAGAAAGCAAUCCAAUUGCUUGCGCAGCAAAUUUCGCAAAGUGGGAAUCCGUCAUGCUCACUGUCGCCCAACUAUAUAUACGGGACUGGCUUGACGCCGCAAAGUGGUGAGUUUGAUCUUCCGCGGGACCACGAUGAAGCAGCUGCACCCUUUCAGAUCUUGGCGGCGUGUAUUCUGUGUCAGUAUGAAGAUGUAAACGCCACCCUCCGAGCGUGGUCUGGACAUAUUGAUGGAAUCCACCGGUUAUUACGGCCUCAUUUACCGGACCUUGUUGCAUUUCGCGUAGCCAAGCGUAUUCCUCAGCCAGAAAGAGCGUUUAACGCGGUAUUCUGGUUCUAUGUCGUUAACGACAUGCUGAAUGCGUUUAUUUUAAAGAGGAAAACUCGCGUCAAUACUGACGACCUUGUGUUGUGGCGAAGGAUGGGCGUACCACUUGAUGAUCAUGGUAACCUUGCUAGAAGCACCACCGAAGGCCAGCUGGAGGUUACUCUGUUCAAAACUCUGGUUCGAAUGAUGUGCCAACUAGUCAACUCCGAACUAAACGACGCUGGGCAAUGGGCAAUACUGAAGGCACACUUUGACCGCUGGCAGAGCAUGGUGCCCCAAUCUUUCUACAUCCCGAUUACAUGGCCUCCUGUCGCCGAACCGAGCAAUAUCCAGAACGUGGACGCAUUCACUCGUGAAAUCUGGUUCGCCAGUGACAUAUCAGCAAUAACUCUCGCAUUCUACCACAUGUCGCGGAUGAUUCUGCUUGUCAACUGCCCAAUGGACCUAUUCAUUAAUCAACGAGAGGACCUACUGUCGGCGUACAACAUUUUACAGCAGGAGCUACGACAACACGCGAUGGAGAUAAUCCCAAUAAUGCAUGCAAAGCCGAGCGAAACUGUUCAAAAGUACAUGCUCCAGCCACUGUAUGUUGCCGGCAGAUGUUUGACAGAUGAGAAGGAACGCAAGAGCUUACUACAGAUACUUCGAAAUAUGGCCGAUGAUUUUGGACUAUUCACAGAUGAUCGUAUUAAGGACCUCUGCGAGGAAUGGGGUAUGCCGUGCAAUGGUAUUGAUAGGAAAGAUGGCCAUGGCAUCUUGACAUGA